AUGUUCUGCAUGUUCAUUGGCUUUUUCACACCGCUCUUCAUCCCGUCUUAUGCAGUCACAAGGGGAGUGGACACAAAUCUAGCCUCCUAUCUGUUAGCAAUUGUCAACAGCUCCUCCGCUUUUGGACAAAUCAUACCCGGUUUGUUAGCGGACAAAUUCGGUCGAUUGGACGUACUAGGGAUCGGGGCCAUAAGCACUGGCAUUGUCUUGUGUUGCCUAAACGUGGCAAAAAGCACUGCGGCAUUAGUAAUGUACUCCGUUGUAUUUGGAUUCACUUUAGGGACGAUAAUAUCCGAAAUUUCUGCGGCCUUUACCAUGUGUUCUAAAGACCCCCGGGAUGUCGGUACUUACAUGGGAAUGGGUAUGGCCCUAAGCUCCCUUAAAGCCUCGAUAGGUCCUCCAGUUAAUGGCGCACUUUUUGACAAAUAUUACAGAUUUUUGGAAGUAUCCAUCUUCAGCGAGUUAAUGUGUUUGGUUGGUGGUUGUAUUGUGAUUGCGACCACAGUGACGACUGCGCAGGGUAUUUUUGGCAAAACAUCUUCAGAACACGCUGAGAUGACGCUCGGAGGAAGACAUAAUAUUCCACUGGUGAUACCACACGUAUUAAACUCCACUAGCUAUUUCGACCGCAUUGCGGAGGAGAAGAUGGAGGAGAAGAGACAAGAGGCUAGACUGGACGGUGAGCUUCUUCAAGAACCCAGGAACUAUAUCAAGCCUGUGGUCUAA